GGGCUGCGGCGGGAGAGCCACAGCCCCACACACCCACUGGGGUGCAGGAGAAGGGGGCCAGCGGGCUGCGGAGCUCAGCUGGGGGCUGGGGCUGCCGCUGCAGGGGAAGCACUGAGGACCCCGCCUGCCCACCUCCUUGCACUGUGCCUCUUCCAGGGCCGCAGCGAUUUUCGUCGGACCCCAUGGAAGCCCAGCUGGGGAUGCUUUGUGGGGUCUUCGUGGAGUCUGCCCCGCCUGAUGGCGUUCCGAGGGGCGACCUGUCCCUGGCUGUUUGAGGGGCGCCGCCCAGGCAUGGCUCUGCCCAGCGUGCACCCAGUGGUGCUGACCUGGCUCCUGGGCUCCUGGCACCCGUGCUGGCCUCUUACUUGCUGCAAGGUUUUGAGGGCACAGUGGUGAGUCUGGGGCCCAGGCUUGAGGGCGUCGCCCAAGCUGGAGGACGGGCAGGUGGCUGGGCGCGAGGAUGCGAUGAGUGGGGGCCGCUUCGACUUUGAUGAUGGAGGGGCGUACUGCGGGGGCUGGGAGGGGGGGAAGGCCCAUGGACAUGGACUGUGCACAGGCCCCAAGGGCCAGGGUGAGUACUCUGGCUCCUGGAACUUUGGCUUUGAAGUGGCCGGCGUCUAUACCUGGCCCAGCGGAAACACCUUCGAGGGCUACUGGAGCCAGGGCAAGCGGCACGGGCUGGGCGUAGAGACCAAGGGGCGCUGGUUCUACAAGGGCGAGUGGACGCAUGGCUUCAAGGGCCGCUAUGGCAUCCGGCAGAGCAGCAGCAGCGGUGCCAAGUACGAGGGAACCUGGAACAAUGGCCUGCAGGACGGCUAUGGCACAGAGACUUACGCCGAUGGAGGGACAUACCAAGGCCAGUUCACCAACGGCAUGCGCCACGGAUACGGCGUGCGCCAGAGUGUGCCUUACGGCAUGGCCGUGGUGGUGCGCUCGCCCCUGCGCACGUCGCUCUCGUCCCUGCGCAGCGAGCACAGCAACGGCACUGUGGCCCCCGACUCGCCCACGUCGCCCACCGCCGACGGCCCGGUGCUCCCCUCGCCCACCAUCCCGCGAGGCGGCUUCGCGCUCAGCCUGCUGGCCAACGCCGAAGCAGCGGCACGGGCGUCCAAGAGCGGCGGCCUCUUCCCGCGCGGCGCACUGUUGGGCAAGCUGCGGCGGGCCGAGUCCCGCACGUCCCUGGGCAGCCAGCGUAGCCGGGUCAGCUUCCUCAAGAGCGACCUCAGCUCGGGCGCCAGCGACGCUGCCUCCACCGCCAGCCUGGGCGAGGGCGCCGAAGGCACGGAUGAAACUGCACCUUUCGAGGCCGACAUCGACGCCACCACAACGGAGACCUACAUGGGCGAGUGGAAGAACGACAAGCGUUCAGGCUUCGGUGUGAGCGAGCGAUCCAGCGGGCUCCGCUACGAGGGCGAGUGGCUGGACAAUCUGCGCCAUGGCUACGGCUGCACCACACUGCCAGACGGCCACCGCGAGGAAGGCAAGUACCGCCACAACGUGCUGGUCAAGGGCACCAAGCGCCGCAUGCUGCAGCUCAAGAGCAACAAGGUCCGGCAGAAGGUGGAGCACAGCGUGGAGGGCGCCCAGCGCGCGGCUGCCAUCGCGCGCCAGAAGGCCGAGAUCGCAGCCUCCAGGACAAGUCACGCCAAGGCCAAAGCUGAGGCCGCGGAGCAGGCUGCACUCGCUGCCAACCAGGAGUCCAACAUCGCCCGCGCCUUGGCCCGGGAGCUGGCUCCGGACUUCUACCAGCCAGGUCCCGAGUAUCAGAAGCGCAGACUGCUCCAAGAGAUCCUGGAGAACUCGGAGAGCCUGCUGGAGCCGCCGGAGCGGGGCGCCGCGGGUCUCCCCGCGCGGCCCCGCGACAGCCCGCAGCUGCACGAGCGCGAGACCCCUCGGCAGGAGGGCGGCCCCCCGUCACCGGCCGGGACACCCCCACAGCCCAAGCGACCCCGACCCGGCGCGUCCCCGGACGGCCUGCUGGGCCCCGGCGCCUGGAACGGCGAGCCUGGCGGCGAGGGCAGCCGGCCGGCCACCCCGGCGGGCCCCGGCCGCCGCAGCCCCGCGCGCCCGGCCAGCGAGCACAUGGCCAUCGAGGCGCUGCAGGCGCCACCCGCGCCGUCGCGGGAGCCCGAGGUGGCCCUGUACCGCGGCUAUCACAGCUACGCCGUGCGCACCACACCGUCCGCGCCGCCGCCCUUCGACGACGAGCCCCAGCCUGAAGCCGCUGGACCCGACUCCGCGCCCCCGUCCCCUGCCGCGGCCGCUCCCGGCCAAGCCCCGGCGCUCCGGAACCCCGAGCCUGCGCCCGAGACUCCGGCCAAGUUGGAGCCCAAGCCCAUCGUGCCCAAAGCCGAGCCUAAGGCCAAGGCCCGUAAGACUGAGGCCCGAGGGCUGACCAAGGCCGGGGCCAAAAAGAAAGCCCGGAAGGAGGCGGCGCAGGCGGCAGAGACGGAGGUGGAGGUGGAGGAGGUGCCCAACACCGUCCUCAUCUGCAUGGUGAUCCUGCUGAACAUUGGCCUGGCCAUUCUCUUUGUGCACCUGCUGACCUGAGCCUUGCUCACCAGAGCCGGGAGGAGCCUGCUGAGGAUGCCAGGACCAUCAUUGCACCUUGCCUCACCGGUGGCCCAGGAGGACUGAACUCUGGACCUGGAACUCUGGGCCAGCUUGCGUCCACACAAUGUUUAAGGAGGCCUCCCGUGGCACCUCUGCUUGGUGACCGUAUCCUGAAGGAUAGAAUGUGCCAGAACUCUGCAGGAGGUCCCAGUCUCCAUCCUCCUCCACUGUCCUCCCACCCCCGCCUGACCCAGGUCACCCAUUCUUGGGCUUUUGUGUAUUUCCAGACAAGUUACCCAGAUGCUCAUGA